AUGAACGCCGUUCGACGAGCCAUGCGGGCCGUGUUCCCUCCACCUCGAAUAGCGCCCGAUGGCCGUGCAGAAUGGCCCUCGCGAGCACCCUACGUACUGGCCUCAAUGGGAGGAACCAUAGGAUUUGGAAAUCUGCUUCGUUUUCCGUCCCAGGUCUUCAACGACAACGGCAUCCAGUGGUUCAUACCCUAUCUUAUGACCAUCUGCCUCCUCGCCAUUCCAGUGCUUAUCCUAGAAGUCGCCAUAGGACAGGCUUAUCGUAGCGGCUGCGUCAUAGGAUAUAACGGUCUUGACCGACGUUUUACAGGAGUCGGGUUCGGCAUGGUCUGCGUCGGUUAUGCUGUAGCCAUUUAUUACAUCUCAGUCCUCUCCUGGGUUAUAGUAUAUUUCCGAAACUCUUUCCGAUCAGCCGACUCUUUCUUUCCCACGGACGGAAAAUCCACAGGCAUAUUUCAGUCAUGUGACGUCUCCGGUGAGCUAAUCGGCUUGUGUCUUUUCUCGUGGUUCAUCGUGUGGAUCUGUUUGUACAAGGGCAUUGCCAUCACCGCCCGCGUGGUGUACAUUACCAUCGUCCUUCUCAUCAUUCUUACUAUUGUCCUGGUUGGGCGUGGAGCUUCAUUACCGAAUGCAGGCCGAGGAAUCAAGCUUUACUUUGGCGAAUUUAAUGCUGAUGAGCUCGCCGCGGGCAAGAUCGGGCAAGCGGCCACCAGUCAGGUGUUUUACUCUACGGGUGUGGGUUUCGGCUGCUACACAGCCCAUGCAUCCUAUAACUCAAAGUUCGCCAAUGCAGUCGAGUAUGUCAUGAUGAUAUGCAGCGCCAAUGCUCUUUUCGAGUCGUUUGCUGCCUUUGCAGUCUUUGGUGUCGUUGGCAACCUGGGUAUGACACCUGAGAGCCAACAAGAAGCCCAAAUGCCCGGCGCACCUUUCUUGGCUGUCUUGUUUUUCUUGACCUUUUUUCUGCUUGGUGUUUCCUCGUCUUUCGCGCCACUGGAUGCGAUGAUCACAUCCAUGUGCGAUACCCAUUGGGGCUGGAAGUUCAAGCACUCAAGUAUCGCGACGGUAAUCACUAUCAUCUCGGCUUUGCUGUCGCUGUUCUACUCGGCCGGAUUUGGCUACCAAGCUACCAAUGCAGUCGAUGCAUGGAUCAGUAACAUCUCGCUCAUCUUCGUCGUAUGGACCGAAUGCGUCUGCGCUACUUCGUUCUACCGCUUCGUCGAUAUCAUCGUCUCCGACAAGAUUGGCGCUGAUGUUGGCUUCGGCGUUUGCAUUGCUGGCACAAUCAUCUCAGUUUUGAUUGCGAAGGAACCGAAUUCCACGGCGCCUCGUUUCUGGGGCCGCAACAAAUUCCUGAACCGUGACUGGUGGGUCGGAAUGUACUUUGGAAACCAACUAGCGCGCGAUCUCAACUACGUAGUAUGCGUCGGUAACCAAUGGCGACUCCCCGUCUUCUGGGCACCCAUCUUGCGCUAUUUUGCCGCGCCCGUACUCUCCAUCAUCUUCUGCUUCGCCUAUCCCACCUUUUACGCCACACGCGGCGAUCCACUUCAGAUCUUUGCUUUCAUGGUCGCUCAUCUCAUUGUUUUAGUUGUUCUUGUGGGCUUCAUCAUUCCUAAGAGCUUGAACAUUUUUGUGCCACCAGAACGUCGCGAUGAGGGCAAUAGGCAGUAUGCUCCUCAGACCUUGCUUGGAAAAGAUGACACGAACAUUGUUGGAGGUAUUGCGCCGGGGCUAGAAGAGGAAGCUGGUACGUCGCCGUAUUCGGAGUCGGAGAAGAUUGACAGGAAGAAGUAA